CAAAUUGACACUUUGACCGCUUACCCCCGCCCCCUCCAUUACUCCCCGUGUAUAAUUAUUUUCGUUGCAUUGCAUUACAUUAUUUAUAAGACUGCAAGUCCUUUAGCAUUUUACGCUUGCAAGUUGCAAGUUAUUUCGGUCUGACCAUUUGAGAACUAUUUUUCUCCGUGACUUGCAAAAUAUGGCUGCCAAUGUCAAUUUUCUUGACUCGCUCAAGGACAAAGUUGUCAUCGUUACAGGUGCAAGUUCUGGAAUUGGAGCACAAACUGCAGUUCACUUCGCAAAACUUGGUAGUCAAGUCGUCAUCACAGGUAGAAAUGCUGAGAAUCUCGAAGCGACCAAGAAAAAAUGCAUUGAAGCUGGCGCCGAGAGCAACAAAAUUAUUUUGGUGAUUGGAGAUGUGACCAAAGCCAGUGACUGCAAGGCCAUUGUCCAAAAGGCCAUUGACUCUUUUGGACGCCUUGAUUGUCUGGUGAACAAUGCUGGAAUUUUGGUGCCAGGCUCUGUGGAAGUGGCGACUGAAGAUGAUUACAACAAGCAGAUGGAUGCAAACGUCAAAUCUGUCUUCUUGAUGACAUCUGAAGCUACUCCCCAUUUGAUUGCGUCCAAAGGCAAUGUUGUCAAUGUUUCCAGUGUUUGCGGAAUCAGAGCUUUCCCCGGAAUUUGUGUCUACAACAUGAGUAAGGCUGCGGUUGACCAGUUCACAGAAAGUGCAGCCCUGGAUUUGGCCAGUAAAGGUGUUCGAGUGAAUGCUGUGAACCCUGGAGUUAUUGUCACAGAGGUCCACAAACGAGCUGGCAUGAACGAAGAGCAAUACCAAAAAUACUUGGAGCACAGUAAGACAACCCAUGCACUUGGCCGAGUGGGAAAUGUGGAAGAAGUUGCUUCUGUGAUCACCUUCCUUGCUUCUUCUGGCGCUUCUUACAUUACGGGCGCUCAUAUUCCCGUUGAUGGAGGCAGGCAUGCCAUGUGCCCUCGUUAGACGGGUUAGUUUGUUUGGUACUUUAGCCUCUUUGGGCUUUUCAAUUACUAAUAAUGUAAGCCCAAAAACAAAUUAGCAAGCCAUUACAUUUAAUUUAAUCACAACAUGUAUUAUAAUGAAAUGCCAUAUUUUUUUCUAGUGUGUAUUUACACAAUAUAUUUUGUUAGACAAAGACAUUGUUGAAAAUUGCGAAAGUGCGCAAUCAAACUGAUAAAAUUAAAUAGCUGUGAUUAACAAAAUUCUGUCCUAUUUUAUGUUAUCAAUAUUAAAGGUUACAAAAACUGAUUAUA